AUGGCAAGGACCAAGUACACUCCAGUUCCUCUGUCACCCGUCAGCGCAGUGGCCGUUGUUCUGGGCGGAGCCUCGGAGAUUGAAGAACUGCAACCCCAGAACCUCUGGGACGGUCUCUCUGGUGUUUUCACCAGGCCCAUCGCAGGCGCGCGCGAGGAGGGGACGGUCGGGUUUCUCAAAGGGUUCGGUCAAGGCCUCGGCGAGCUGGUGAUGAAGCCAACGACCGGCGCUCUCGAAGCCCCUGGGUUCAUCUUUCUCGGUUUCUACCGAGAGCUGGAAAAGCUAGGCAAGGCGGAUAGCAAGGCUCAGAUUGUCAUGGGCCGCCUGGCGCAAGGAGAGGGAGAAUAUGUGAAGCUGCAUAAGAGUGAGAGACAAAGGAUCGUGACGGCCUGGCGCGUGUGUGAAGGCAUGGCGAAGGGGGCGGCGGAAAAUGCAGCAGAGCGCGCCGAGACUAAUAACCGGCUCCGUCUUUGGGGCUCCGCCCUCGCCCGGGCCCGCCACGGGACUGGAACCAUACUGGAGCCGCUGGAGUUGCUGGAGACGUUGGAGCUCACGGGGGCGGAGAUGGGAAUGGAUUCAAGUAUGGAUUGCCCGUGCAUCACUGCGGAGACGGGCCACCGCUUGGGGUAA